GUCCUGACUUGAAACAAAGAUUGCUUGCAACUAGUAAACAUGCAAAUAAAAUUGUUCACGUAUUUUCCUUAUUAAUCUAUUUGUUAAUAUUCAAAUUUAGUGCCAUACAGUCACGUAAUAAAAAUGUGCCUUUCAUUUGAUGUUUUUUCCUUCGGCUACUGUUUCUUGAAAAUGUUUGAAAUUUCGUCACGAGUGUGAAGAACUGAAGAACUUUGCGAAUGUUUUUAUUUAGAGAAAAGUGUGGUGAAGAUGUCGAAAAGGGUUCCGAGGAGUCAAAAGGAUAUUCAGCCAACAUUGAGGAACUUUUUGGAUAAGUGUAAAACAAAAGAAGUUGUUCCCUCGAGCACUCCAAAAUUAGCAUCUCAAUUUUUUGAAGACGACGAUGAUUUCGAAAUUUCGACUCCUGAGUUUAAAAUCGAAAAUGAUGAGGCCUCGAAUUUCAUCGAAUCCAAGAGUGGACUCUCAAGAAAUAACUCGAUUAUAUCGAUUCUCAGUUCCGCAGAAAAUUCAUUGAUAGGUCCGCCAGAUACUUGCUCAGUGCAAUAUAUCGAAGACUCAGUCGAAGAAAAUGCGCUUCAAAAUUUCCAAGAAAAAAAUUCUGAAAUGAAGACUGAAAAACUCAAGGAUGCAGUCAGUAACUCUCCUUUUCUAACAGACGAUGAUAAACUGAAAAUAAUGACGCCUAAAUUCACAGUUAAAAACGAAACGCUUUUUCAAGAGAGUCCAGAAACAGAGAAUGAAAAGUCAUCUGUUGCAAAAAACGAAUCAUGUUUUCAAGAAACUGAAAAAAAACAAAAAUUGUCUGAAACCCCGACGAGGAAGAAACUUUGCUUGGGGAAUUUAAGGAGGCCUGUGAUAUCUGAUAGCGAAUCUCCAUCUCCGAGAAAAUCUUCUCCAAAAAAAUCUUCAACCUCAAAGGAAGCUCUCUCAUCUAACAAAUCCACGUCACCACGAAAAGAUCUUUUAGCGAAAGAAAAAUGGCAAGGGCCGGAUUUCAAGGUCAAUAUGAAACCAUUAGGAGUUGAUAAAGAAAUUCUGAGCUGGCUUCAGAAUAUAAAAAGUGAUCCUAUAAUUACUGCGACACCCUCGACCAGUGAAGGUCUAGAAACCAACUACCAAAAACUUAAAGACUUACAGCUGCAACUAUACGAAAAAUGUUUCACCGCUCUCACAAAUAUCCCGCUCGAAAUUUUAAAACAUUUCCCCAAAUUUGAUGCGAAAGCUUUUGGCGAUCUAAAAGAGCUGGGAAAUCGUGUAAAAGCGAAAACUUUUCGGAUUGGAAAAAGCCUCAAAGAAGUCAAAGAGAAAGAGAGAAGCUCUCGUUCAAUAACGCCUUCCGAAUCUCCUUCGGUGGAUGAAUUCGACGAGUUCGUAGAACCUUCACCUGCAAAAGUUACUCUAAACAACACCUUUGAAAGUCCAAAUUUGAGUUACCACUCGCUCACGGAACGAGUAACAAAUUUUCAAACUUCGACGACGACAAAAGCUCAGGAAAAAAUUACGAAUAAUGUAGAAGAGAUUCCGAGAAAUUUGAACGACACACCGAGCGAUUCUCCAGAUGUGAAGAGAACCAGCUUUAAACUGAAGAGACCGGUGAAAACGAGAAUGAAAAUUACGAAUGAAUUGUGGGAAAAGGAUCCCCAAUCCCAUACAGCCAACAGUUGGGACGCACCUGAGAGGAAAUUUGAAUCUCCGGCAGAAACAAGGAAUGAUUUUGGAAGAUCUGGUGCUGGAAGUUCUAGAAAGAAUUGUGAGGUUGCGCAGAAACCCUCGAUGUCGCAAAUUAAAACCGUAGCUUCGAAAGCUUCGUCGAGUUCGUGGAAAGAUUUCAACGAGAGUUUUGGAACUACAACUAGUAGUUCGCAACAUAUUGAAGAGCCGUUGACGCAAGAUAUAUUAAAUCUACCAGCUUUAAGAAAAGACCUUUACAACAAUAAAUUAAAGCCUCCAGUAAACGAGACAAUAUUUCCGGAAAAACCAAAGGUUUCAAAAGAACAGGAUAACCAGCAGUCUUCAGAAUUAGGUCGUUUCACCGGAAAUUACAAAAAUGACGGUGUCAGUGGCGAAUUCGAUUCUUUAACGUUCGAUCAUUCUAAGGAAAUGUUGCGGCUUUUCAGACAAAAAUUCGGUCUUUACUCCUUCAGACCGAAUCAGCUACAAGCAAUAAACGCUGCACUUUUGGGAUUUGAUUGUUUUGUCCUUAUGCCAACGGGAGGUGGUAAAUCGCUUUGCUAUCAACUUCCGGCGAUUUUAGCACCUGGUGUAACUUUUGUUAUUUCUCCGUUGAAGAGUCUUAUCCUGGACCAGGUCCAGAAACUCACCUCCUUGGACAUUCCUGCGGCGCAUUUAUCAAGUUCGAUAACAGAGAAGCAGGCAGAAGGAAUUUACAGAGAACUUUCAAAGCAAGUUCCAGGUUUAAAAUUGCUCUACGUGACUCCAGAAAAGCUUUCGGCGUCACAGAAAUUAUGCGAUAUGAUGACGACUUUAUAUCAAAGGAAACUUCUAGCUAGAUUCGUCAUCGAUGAAGCUCAUUGUGUGAGUCAAUGGGGUCACGACUUUCGGCCAGAUUAUAAAAAAUUGAAAGUUCUUCGAGAUAAUUAUCCGAAUGUACCAACAAUCGCCCUCACUGCUACAGCAACCCCCAGGGUCAGAACUGAUAUUUUGCAUCAGCUGGGUUUAACAAGUCCAAAAUGGUUCAUGUCGAGUUUCAACAGACCGAAUCUCAGGUACAGUGUCAUCGCAAAGAAAGGAAAGCAGUGUCCAGAAGAAGUAAUCGGCUUGAUUAAAAGUAAAUACAGAAACGAGAGUGGCAUUGUCUACUGUCUUUCGCGAAAAGAUUGUGAUGACUAUGCUGCGCAAAUGAAAAAUAAUGCGAUUAAGGCAUUAAGUUAUCAUGCUGGACUUUCCGAUCAACAGAGGGCUGAUGUUCAAGGUCUAUGGAUCGCUGAGGAGAUCAAAGUGGUUUGUGCAACGAUCGCCUUUGGAAUGGGCAUCGAUAAGCCAAACGUUCGCUUCGUCAUCCAUGCAGCUCUGCCCAAAUCGAUCGAGGGUUACUACCAGGAAAGUGGAAGAGCGGGUCGAGAUGGUGAUAUCGCUGAUUGUAUUCUCUUUUACAACUACUCAGACAUGCACAGAAUGAGGAGGAUGAUCGAGAUGGACAAAUCGUGCCAAGCCGUUGUCAAGACCCACAUGGACAACCUUUUUAAGAUGGUCGCCUUCUGCGAGAACAAAACCGACUGCCGAAGAUCACAACAACUCAACUACUUCGGGGAGAUUUUUGAGCGGGAGAAAUGUCUCGCAAAUAAGACAACUUCAUGUGACAAUUGUAGGAAUAAAGGACAGUUCACGGUUAUCGACGUUACUUCAGAUGCGAAGGAUAUUAUCAGGGCUGUACAGGAAAUCAGCAGGAGAGUCAGGCUUACCUUGCUGUAUUUUACCGAUAUAUUCAAGGGUUGUGAUCUCAAGAAAAUCAGGGACGCAGGUCUGACGACCCAUCCUAUAUACGGAAAAGGAAAAUCUUGGAAUAAAGGUGACAUCGAAAGACUUUUGCACAAACUCGUGAUCGAAGGUUAUCUUCAGGAGGAAAUGUACAUAAACAAUGAAAUUGCGUGUGCGUAUAUCCAAGUUGGAUCUAAAGCCACGGAACUAAUGAACAAUAAAAACGCAAAGAUAACUUUCAACACUCGAGUAUCGAACACAUCAUCGACAGCCGUCGCAACUGUCUCGACAGUCAAGGAAAGAACGCAUCCAGAAGUAAGAGAGUUGGAGGAUAAAUGCUACACUGAAUUAAUGACCAUAAUCCGAGGAAUAGCGGGCGCUUUGGACGUUUCCGCUGCCUCGAUUAUGAACAUGAUCGCCAUCCGGGCGAUGAGUCAACAACUGCCUGUAAACGAAGAAGCGAUGUUGAAAAUUCCUCAUGUUACCAAAGCCAAUUUUGAUAAGUACGGACAGGCGUUACUCGACGUUACUCAGAAGUACGCCGCCGAAAAAACCGUUUUGAUGACCGAGUUGGCACAGGAGAGUGAAGCAGAUGAGAGUGAAGGCGAAGUUUGGAAUGUUGAUGCGAGCUCUACUUACAGUAAUGGAAGUGCUGGCAAUCAAGGCAGAAAGCGGAAAGGAAAAAGUUGGUAUCGAGGCGGGGCGAAAAAAUUCAAGAGAGCUUCAAGUUCUACACGAGGAAGAGGAGCAGCUUCAACGCGGGGAAAAGCGUCAACGUCUACGCGAGGAAAAACAUCUACCAGAGGCAGAGGAGCUGCGAGUAGUAGUAAAGUUGGCAUGGUUCAAUUCAAGAACUUCACUGAUCCUCGAUUCACAACAUUUAAUUAGGAUAAAUAGAUGCACAUCGCUCUUAUUCAAGUCCCUUUGAUAUUUUAAAGUCUCCAACUCCAUCAAUUCAACAUGCAUAAUAAAAUAAAUAGUAGUAAAGCGAUCCUGAAAUGUUCGCCAAGAUUUGUCACGAGUGAGAAAUCAGUCAAACAAGUCAGUGGCGACUUUAUAUGAACCAACAAGUUUGUAAAUAAGAUAGUUAUUUUUGUCUACAGAAUUAGAGCAUAGGUAUUUAUUAAAAUGUCGAUUAACAUAAGUUUUAAGUUGUUUAUAUAUCACUUUUUACGGGUAAUUGUGUUUCGCUAGCGUCCGAAUGAUGAAAGCAGUUGUUGUUUACUUUACUUAGAAUAAUAUUUGUCUCCUGCAUUAUUUGAACAAAACGCUUAUACGUUAGGAAGAAAAUUGCCCAUGAUUUUUGAUUAAAAUAAAUACUUGUACUUUUCCAGUAAAA